CGGCUGAAGCGGAGCAGGCAGCAGGAUUCCCCGGAGCCACAAGCAACACGUAACAGCGCGGAGGAGGGGGCUGGAGAUAGCCAUAGGCUUUCAGUAUACACAGGCAGCUCUCCCAAAAUAAAAAGGAUAUCUUUUCUAACGCCUGCCGUGCUUCAAAAAACCCGCCGAAGGCCCGUGGAACAUGCAGCGGGUUCGCUGCAGGAGUCCCUGGUAGAUUCGCACGAUGAUCAUCCGCCUGCGCUAUGGAAGACGUCUGCAGACCUAUCUGAAGAUAGGUGCCUGUGUCCUGGUGGGCCUGUGCUACUUCGCCUUCCUCUUCCGCGAGUCCCUGAAUGCCUACGAGCACCGGGAGAGGGUGACGGCCGCGGAGCUGGAGGCGGAGUCGGAGCCCUCGAAGCAGCAGCUCAAACUGAAGCGCCAGCAGUUGCAGCGCCAGCGCAUCCUGGCCAAGCAGCAGGAGCAGGGAAAGGCCACCACGGGCGGCAAUGCCAGUGCCGGGAGCUCAUCCCCGCUGGCUGCAGCUCCUCCGCCGCCGGCCACCACCCUGAAUCCCGUCUACGAGUACUCCGAGGAGCUGCACAGCCGAACGGAGCGGGAGCUGCAGCGGAGGAGCGAGCACCUGGCCGCCGUCUGCGAUCGCUACAAGCUGCAGGAAAAGUACCCACCGAAUCCCUGGGAGUUCUUCGUCUCACCUGGCCACAACAAUCUCGUCUGGUGCAACGUCUUCAAGGCAGCCAGCAGUACAUGGAUGUAUUAUUUUAAUAUACUGGCUGGCUACGAUGUGAAGUACCUCCAGAGGACGGAGACGCAACCUCUGGAGCUGGCGAGGAAGCGCUUUCCCCGCCCGGAACUGGGCGAGCUGAUGGAGCUGCUGCCCAGUGCGCUGUCCUUCCUCUUUGUGCGCGAUCCCUUCGAGCGCAUCCUGAGUGCCUAUCGGAACAAGCUGGAGGGCAACAAGAACACCUUCUACAAGGCCCUGGGCACCAAGAUCGUGCACCGCUACAGGAAGCGCAGUCUGGGCGGACCCUGGCCGAGAUGCGGACCCACCUUCGAGGAGUUUGUGCGCUUCCUCAUCGCCGAGCAUGCGGCGGGCAAGAGAUUCGAUGAGCACUGGGCUCCCGUCUACAGCUUCUGCACUCCCUGCAGUGUGAACUUCACCAUAAUCGGCAAGACGGAGACGUUCCAGAGGGACUCAGAGUUCAUCAUUCGGCAGGCGGGACUGGAAUCCCUGCUUCUGGGUCUGGGAAAGCUGCCCCAGCGAAAGCAGCGCAAGAUUGGCAACCAGGCGCGAAGUGGGGUCAAAUCGGAGGUCCUGGUCGAGCGAUACUUCGCCGAUCUCGACCGCUCAACGUUGGACCAAUUGCUCAAGAUAUAUCGCAUCGAUUUCGAGCUCUUUGACUACGACUACCGCCGGUACUACGACAUGGUGCAUCCGUGGAGCAUGGAGCAGAGCACAUCCGCAUCCGGAGUGCCAGCUGUGGCACCCACCAGUACCACACCAUCUCUAAGCCUGGGUGGCCAUUCCACCCAGGGUCAGGCGACGUAGAGUCAACCAGUUCGGCAUCGAUGAGUCGUGAAACAAUCUUAUCAUGUACCUUUUUACACGAAAACUCAAGCCACAGACAAACAAAAACAAACACUCCCACACGAAAAACAGAGCCCAACCGAAGCUAACAAAUCUACCAAGGAAAAGUUUAAGGCCAAAUCAACGUUUUCCAAAAACGCAAAACCAAAACAUACACUCUUGACCUCUCUUAGAUAAUGCCAAAGAAAGAAAAAUGGAUGGAAUGGAACGACGACCCAAAGGAAACUUAGUUAGUUAGAAGAUGUAGCAUUUUGAUGGAUUUUUUCAGCCACCAAAAUUCUGACACGAGUCCCCCUACAAUUUUACAUGGCGUGGCAUGUGUUGUGUUGUAGCUAGUUUAUAAGUACCUACAAUUUACAGUUUGCACUCUCAAAACCAAACGAAAAACAAGAAACACAACCAAACACACACAUAAAAAACGAAAAACGAUAUAUUAUAUAGUUAAACGAUAUAUACAGACCUCUAUACCAAUAUCGCGAACGCUAUUCUUCAAGGCAAGGCUGGAGAGUUUAUACAACCAGAAAGUGAGAAAUCGUCUUAAACCAAAGAAAAUUCUGUAUUUACACAUAUUUACAACCGAAUCCCCGAAUACCAAACCCUCAACAACCACAACAUAUGGUACUUACUAUUAUUAAGUUAUUAUAUUUACCUAUAUAUAAACGAAAUUUAUAAA